CAGCAGCGCAACACAGGUAAGCACGUGGUCGCUGGUGUUGCAACCGUUUGGAAGCGAAUUGACACACAAUUCGCAUUGUAUCGCACAAAUGUCCGGCCGACCGUCUUAUGUCGAUCAUCAAUCAAUUCAGCUUACAGCGGAGGCUGUAAACGUAGAGUAACAGGCAAGACGAGCCACGAACUGAGAAGCGACGACAAUGACGAUAAUGCUUCCCCUGUCGAUGGCCGACUGUGUCGAUUAGACAACAAUUCGGACCGAACCGGACUGAUAAUGGGAAAUUCGAGCCACCGAGCCACUGGCAGGAGGAGUGGGUUCGAAUUGAACCGUUUUACCUUUACCUAUCCGGAGAAGCGCAUCCGCCAUCGAAGCAACCAAACCCGGAAACUCCGCACUUGACCCAACACACCACUUCCAAGAUGAUGUCCAGAAAGCUGAUCGAUGAAAGCCGGGAAGGAUACCUGGAGAAUGAAAACUCCCCCUUCCUGAUCAGCAACUACGGGUACGGCAAGGACAGCGUGAAGGUGAUGCACGUGGUGCGCAACGGGCUGGUGCACACGAUAAAAGAGUUUGAGGUGGGCACAAAGCUGAAGCUACGCAGCCAGAAGGACUAUCUUGAGGGUGAUAACAGCGACAUUGUGGCAACGGAUUCGCAGAAAAACACCGUCUACCUGUUGGCGCGCAAGCACGGCCUCAAGUCACCGGAAGAGUUUGGCAUCCUGCUGUGUCAUCACUUUCUCAGCAAGUACUCGCACGUGGAGGAGGUGUCGAUACACAUCGAGGAGUAUCCGUGGUCGCGGAUGGGCUUCGGUACCGGCCCGUACAAGGAUCUGCAUAAUCACGCGUUCGUCUUCACGCCGACCGCCAUCCGGUACACGGACGUCACGCAGAAGCGAACCGAAAUCAAACCGACCGUCAUCAGUGGGCUGACGGAUUUGCGCGUCCUCAAGACGACACAGUCGGCGUUCGUGAACUUUGUCAACGAUGAGUAUCGCUCGCUGCCCGACCAGCACGACCGUAUCUUCAGCACGGUGGUCCGUUCCUCCUGGCAGUACUCGACCGUGACGGGCGUUGAUUUUGAUUACUGCUGGAACAAGGUGAAGCAGUGCAUCCUGAACAACUUUGCGGGCGAAACGGAGAAAGGCAUCUUUUCGCCGAGCGUCCAGAACACGCUCUACCUGGCGGAGAAGCAGGUGCUGGAGACGAUACCGGAAAUUUCGUCCAUCGACAUGACGAUGCCAAACAAGCACUACUUCACGUUCGACUUCAGCAAGUUCCCGAAGGUGGUGAACGAGGUCGAGCUGAAGGAGGAGACGGUGUACGUGCCGGUGGACAAGCCGGCGGGCAUCAUCUACGCCCAGCUCGAUCGGAAAUCGGAUCAGUACGUGAAGAGUAAGCUGUGAGAUGGAUGCCUGUGGUCGAUGGAUGGAGAACUGUGACCCGCGAAACCUGGCAACGCUAGUGGACUGUUUGUUCUUGUUUUUGUUCUAUGAACGCUAAGGUGUGUCCUCAAGUAAACGUUAGCGUAAGUGAUGAUGUCAUGCCAAGCUUCUUAGCAUGGUCAUCUUGGCUGGAAUGUACCUCUGUCCCGUGAAUUAUUGCUGAAUGUUUGCACGACUUUGAAGCGCCAAUUGUUAAUACUUAUCGUUUGUUUUUGUGGUCAAAAUGAUGCUCCAAAAAGGUUAUGAUUCAUGCAAACAAACGACACUUUUCGAAUGUUUGCGUGGUGGGCAGUGAAGAGUGAAAUAAUUAAUUCUUUGAAAUUGAUGCACACACCCUUUGGAACAUGCAUCAAAGGAUUGGAGGGAAAAUCAAUCUGUUUGAUUGAAGCGUUGAGUGUGGGAAGUGCAUUUGUAUCAUUUUUUUUGUGCAUUUAUUACACUCCCACAGAGUAGCAGAGCAGCCAGAACGUUCCAGUUUGAUUGUUAAUAUAAGUCAAUAAGGAUAAUUUUAUCUCAAUAAAUGAUAUUAUAGCAUUA